AUGGCGUGGUCCAAAUCAACCCGCAUCAGCAUCAUGCUGGCCAUCGAUGUCGCCUUCUUCCUCCUUGAGCUGACUGUCGGAUUCAUGGUACACUCGCUGGCUCUCAUGGCCGAUGCUUUCCACAUGCUCAACGACAUUAUCUCCUUGCUUGUCGGCUUAUGGGCUGUUGUUGUAGCUCGGAAAGCUACUAGUGACAAGUAUUCGUAUGGCUGGCUCAGAGCCGAGAUCCUCGGCGCAUUCUUCAACGCCGUUUUUCUGAUUGCUCUUUGCGUCUCUAUCAUCCUCGAAGCCCUCACUCGAUUCAUCGACCCGCCCGAGAUCGGAAACGCGAAGCUCAUCUUGAUCGUCGGGUCUCUUGGUCUUGGCUCUAAUCUUGUCGGGUUUCUGGUUCUAGGAGGGCACGGGCAUUCGCACGGCGGCCAUGAUGACCACGAUCAUGAAGGACAUGGCCACGAUCAUGAUCACGGACACGAGCACACUCACCAGCACGACGAUUUGCAUGCUGCCGAGGAGGGCAGGGCUAUCCCCGAGGACGCCGUCGAUGGAGGCCCGGCGGACGAGAAUGGAAGGAUUGCGGACUUGCUCCCCGAAGCAGCUGUCGCGAGGUUCAACGCACCGAGCACACAGUCUCUUAAUUCGCGCCAUAUCACGUUCGACCGCAGCGAUGGCGCUCGGUCCGAGGUUAUAGGUCGAUGCGAGAGUCGGGCUUCACAAGGGUCCAGGGGAAGGCAACGACGCCGUGCUAACAGCUUACGGCAUACUCGCCUCACUAGUAUUGAGGAUCUAAGCAUUCACCCGGCUAGCUUUCGUCAGGAAAUCAUCGAGGCCAGCAGACCUCAGCUCAACGAGGAGAGCGAUGAGUCGGGUAGCGAUGAGAGUCCAGAUGAGAACCCUAUCGUGGACGAUGAGGCCACUGAGGAUACUCCCCUAAUCAAGGGCAACGGUACGGAUCACCGCCCAUACUAUGGCGGUCGAUCGACAUCAAGACGGUCCAGACGGGAUUCCCACCAGGCGCACAACCACAACAGGCCGAAGAAACCCAGCUCAGGCGGCGGACACGGCCACAACCACGGGGACAUGGGCAUGAAUGCAAUGGUGCUCCACGUCCUAGGUGACGCACUUGGCAACGUCGGAGUUAUCGCCACAGCCCUGAUUAUCUGGCUCACAGACUGGCCGGGCCGCUUCUAUGCCGAUCCCGCAGUUUCACUGUUCAUCACGCUUAUCAUCCUGAAAUCCGCCAUUCCUUUGACGAAAGCGACGUCGAAGAUCCUGCUGCAGGCCACGCCCGAGCACAUUGAGGUUAACGAUAUCAGAGAGGACAUUCAGGCGCUGCCUGGCGUUGUCAGCUGCCACCACAUCCAUAUCUGGCAGCUCUCCGAUACCAACAUAGUCGCAUCUCUACACAUCCAGGUCGAGUUCCCAAUUUCGGAGGCUGGCGGCGAGAAAUACAUGGAACUCGCAAAGAAGGCCCGCAAGUGUCUACACGCAUACGGCAUUCACAGCGCUACCAUCCAACCCGAGUUCUGUCUCGACAAGACGCAUGAUCACCUGGAAGUUGCUAGGUACGACGGGACUACCGACGGAAGCGUAGACGGAAUGAGCUGCGCCAGGGGUCAAGGCAAGUCGUGCCUGUUGGAUUGUGUAGACGACUGCGUUGCCAAGGGUUGCUGCUCUGGAACUGAAGCCUCGCCGCCGGGAAGCAGCCACGGCAGCCAUGCUGCUCAGAGUGAAGGCCAUAGUGAGCACGAUGGCCACACCAACCAUCACUAG